AGAUGGCGCCACGUGGGUAGCAUGCCGUUGAUAUGAACCAAACAAAAUGUUAUUCGGACAAUCUAUGAUUAAGAGUUAUUCGAGUAAUGUUUAUUCAGAAAGACUAAAUAAACUAAUGUUUAAUCGUCGUUUUUAAUUUUUUUUAUGUUUCUAUUCGGUUGUAUACGUAGCUUCUAGCACAAGUUCACAUUGGUCCACGUGUAUGUACCAUGUGUUCGUUAAAUGACAUAUAAAGCAACAAAAUAAAUUAUGAUCGUUUGAAAAUUAAUUUUAUCCAUUUCUGACGACUGAUUAAUUAAUUUAGCAAUAGCUCAGAAUUGUUGAAAAAAUUCAUAUAUUUGAAUUGAUGCAUUCGUGAGUUAAGUGGCAUACAAUAUAGAACACAAUAUGGCCGCGGACAAGAUAACUCAGCUUUUUGGCGUGAAAGACAAUUUUCUCAUCGGCAAUUAUCAAGAAUGCAUCAAGGAAGCACAGAAGCUGAAGCCGUCUACGCCAGCAAUGGCCGUAGAACGAGAUGGGUACCUUUAUCGCGCGUAUAUAGCGCAGAGAAAUUUCCGAGUUGUACUGGAUGAAAUAAAUAGUUCAUCACCGGCAGAACUUCAACCUCUCAAAACAUUGGCGGAUUACUUUGCCAACCCCAGUCGUAGAGAAGCUGUACUCGCAGAACUACAGGAGGCAACUAAUAACAUCGAUUACAAUAAUUACAAUCUUGUAAUCGUUGCUGCUACCAUUCAUUACCAUGAGAACAAUCUGGACGCUGCACUUACGAUACUUAAGGAUGCAGAGCAUUUAGAAUGUCUGUCAUUGAAGUUAGCAAUCUAUUUGAAAAUGUACAGAGUGGACCUCGCGAAAGAAGUGUUGAAAACUAUGCAAGCAAUAGACGAAGAUUCUAUUGUAACCCAAUUGGCUCAAGCGUGGUUAAAUAUUACCACUGGUGCGGAUAAACUGCACGAGGCUUAUUAUAUACUACAGGAAAUGACAGAUAAAUAUUCUCGUACAACUAUGAUGCUGAAUGGACAAGCUGCCUGUUUCAUUGGACAAGGCAAAUACGAAGAAGCUGAAACCGUCUUGCAGGACUCCCUUGAGAAGGACAGCAAUAAUCCGGUUACUUUGAUCAACAUGGUUGUCCUGUCUCAUCAGUUAGGAAAGCAACCAGAAGUUGCCAACCGUUAUUUGAGUCAGUUGAAGGAAUCACAUGCAGAACACCCGUUUGUCAAAGAAUACUCUCAGAAGACGUCAGAAUUCCAAAGACUAGUGAAGCAAUAUUCCGUGUGUGCCUAAAUAUACCGUAUUGUAUUAGAUGAAUUGAUAAAUUUACCUGUUUCUUACUUCACCCAAUUUAUUCAUACAUUUUCCGUUAGUCCAUUCCCAUGAGAAGAGCGGAAAGAAGUAGACGUUCUGAA